CACCUAUGGCCACAACAUCUGAAGAAGGUGUCACGACAUGGGUAUCAGUAAGUCCUGCUGGUCUUUGGGAGGUACAAAGGAAAUGGAUAGGACAGAGAAAAGGAGGAGACCAUACACCUCUAUUAGGAUCUAUAUGUAAGAUCCUAGUAUCUCUCCAGAACGACCCUAAGCAGAAUACCCAACCACAGACCUUGAAUAAGACAGAGCCGGUGGUUAGUUCUGAGUCGGUGAAAGUCACAGAGCAUCCUCGCUCACCGGAUUCAGUGCUGCAGGUUCCACUUGACAGUUGGGUCCUGUUGCGCAUGGGUGAGGGACACUGUGACAUUAUAGAGGCCUGUCUGGAAGGAAUGAGGGCUGGAGAGACCGGUCAGCUCACAGUAAAUGCUUAUCAAGGGAAUUUCAAACCAGUAUGCAGUGAUGCCCAUUCUUCCCAGUCAGAGAAUACUGCAAAAAAUGGACAGUCUAACCAGUGUUUUCUUCUUCACCUUCACUCAUUUACCCCUGGGAUGGAGUCUUGGCAGAUGUCCCCCACAGAAAAAUGGGGCUGGGCUCUAUCUCAUAAACAACGGGGCAGCCAGCGGUUUAGCAAAGGAGACAUUUGGGGGGCAGCGCAUUCCUACUGCAGUGCUGUUAAACUGGUCAUCACACUAAAGGGACAUACCAGAGAUAAAAAAGGAGAACACUUGGAGGUGAAUAAAUGUGGAAACCAAGAUUCAAAAGAUUUGACUACACAAAAUAAAAAAGAAGAAAUGAAUACAGACAAAGAGCUAAUAGUUACCCAAGUACCAACUGAGGAGGAGUAUAGAACUAUGAAAGCAGAACUCCACUCCAAUCUUUCCCUGUGCCAGCUCAAGCUUGGUCAGCCGGCAAAGGCCAAGGACAGCAGCAGGAAAGCCACUGUACUUGAUCCAGCCAGUAUUAAAGCCUGGUAUCGUUUUGGCCAAGCGUGCCUGCAGUUGGAGGACUUUGAGGAGUCACGUCAAGCGUUUGGAAAGGUCUUAGAACUCCAGCCAGAUUCUGCCUCAGCACAAAAAGCCUUGAAACAAGUGAACAUAAAAGCGAAAGAGUUUAACAGUAAACUUGGACAAAGGUUAAGCAAAAUGUUCAUGUAAGGAUUUGCACAAGAUUUAGAGUAAAAGGUAAAGGAUCAAAACAUAAAAAUACCAAAUGUGUAAUUGAAAUAAGCGUGUGCAAUCCAUAGUAUACUUAAAUGUGACAUGCAUUUUGAACAACACACUGUCACCUUUAUUGUUCUGGAACCAACUAACAGUAAUGUUGCCUUAUGCAUGAUGGAUGUAUGCUAAUAAAAACAUUUAUAUUU